GGCUGUCAGUUUCUUUUGCUCAUUUUAGUGUAGGACCCACUUUCUUCUCCCAUCUCACUUGGACAUUCAAGACCUCUUCCUCUUCAGCCCCCGAGAUAAGCCUCUUCCUUUCCUGGCUCCUCUGGAUCCUCACAAUCAACAGUUUCCAAUCUGCCCUCAUCGUCUCUCUAAUCAUAAUGUAGUAGGAAGGAGGAGGCAGAGAUGUUCCCUUCUUACUGUCGUUAGUCUUUACAACCGUUGUUGGCAAUUCGUUAGUACCUUUGGCCACUGAGCUUGAACGGUGGAAAAGCUAAUGGCGGUUUUGACAGCAAACUCUCACCUCAUCUACAGAGAUUUGUACCAUAGAGGCCAGUCAUCCGGAAAUAGUGGGUACCCAUCGUCGUCGUCUUCUUUUGGGCUUCUCUCCCUCCGUAGAUUGGUGAAUGGCAGAGGGGAAAGGAAGAAGAGGAGGAGGAACAGAUGGACGACCGAAGUUUGGGGGCCGCAGUCCUUCUGGGCUGAGGCAUCGAGACCUGAUUCGAUCGAAAUGGAGCCAAUAGCGGGAAUGGAUGAAUUCGACCGAGCCCUGCAGCAAGCCAAGGAGGCAGCUCAGCCCAUUGUCGUCGAUUGGAUGGCUGAUUGGUGUCGGAAAUGUAUUUAUCUGAGGCCUAAAUUGGAGAAGCUCGCGUCGGAUUAUCAUGACAGAGUUAAAUUCUAUUGUGUGGAUGUCAACAAUGUGCCGCAGGCACUGGUGAAGCGGGGUAAUAUCUCGAGUGCACUUGACUUUAACCAUCUGCCCGGUUCACGGUCUCAAUCAGGCCACCCUUCAAGUGGUCUCGUGAGUGAAUGUGCAACACCAUGACCACACUUUUUGAUCGGUCUACUACUCUACUCUCUUUAGCACGUUAACAAGGUAAUAGGAUAACAUGUCCACCAGGAUCGUAUACUUCCUAAUUGGUGUCCUCAGCCAUAUUGAUAAUACGUCAACCAGAAAAUGUGCAGCCUCUGCCCUCUAGUGGUGUUGCGUGUAUUAUAUCAGAACCUCAGUUCCUCUUGCUGGUAGCAUUAGUAUUCUUGGAUAGUCUUAGGAAUGUUUGGCAAGUUGCCCAAUCACAUAUGACCAUCAUAGAUGGGUUUGCGCAGGUAUGGACUGUUAUUCUUUGCUUUUUUGGGCUAUAUGUAGUCAUGGGAGACUCAUGUUUCUGCAAGCAUGGGGCAUGUAUACAGACUGAACUUGUCUUAAAAUGGACUGGGGCUACUGAAAAUGAAAGUUCAUAAGCUUGGAACUAUUUAAAAGAAGUGCUUAGUUUUCUCUGCUAAAAUUGGAAGUUUUUUUUGAAGAACUUGAUCAUCCGUUGCUGGUAGCUGUUGCAUUUCUAUCAGGAUAGUAUCUUGAUGUUGUUGUGCAAAGGACUAACUCCUAUCUGGUGUUGCUUCUCAUGUGAUGAUGCUCGUCAAACAGAAAAUGCCAACUAUUCAGGUA